AUGUCAUGGCACCCUCAGUAUCGAAGCUCAAAGUUCCGCCAUGUCUUUGGCAAACCUGCCAGCAAAGAGAACUGCUAUGACUGUGUGCCCAUCACCAGGAGCGUCCACGAUAACCACUUCUGUGCCGUCAACCCCCAUUUCAUCGCCGUCGUGACAGAGUGCGCUGGAGGGGGCGCCUUCCUUGUCAUUCCAAUACAACAGACAGGAAAGCUCGAUCCACAUUACCCAAAGGUCUGUGGCCACAAAGGCAACGUUUUGGACAUCAAGUGGAACCCUUUUGAUGAUUUUGUAAUAGCCUCCUGUUCUGAAGAUGCCACGAUUAAGAUAUGGGAUAUUCCAAAGCAGUUGCUGUCAAGAAACAUCACUGUCUCAAGGAAGGAGCUGCUCGGUCAUGCGCGGAGGGUUGGACUCCUGGAAUGGCACCCAACUGCUGCUAAUAUUCUCUUUAGCACUGGUUAUGAUUAUAAGUUAAUGAUAUGGAACCUUGACACAAAAGAGCCUGUAAUUGUGAACCCAGUGAAGAUAAUUGACUUUCACCAAGAUGUGAUCCUCUCCAUGUCGUUCAACACAGAUGGCAGCCUGCUCGCAACCACCUGUAAGGACAGAAAGAUAAGGAUUUUUGACCCCCGCGCAGGAACAGUCCUACAGGAAGCAAACUACAAGUCUCACAGAGCCAACAAAGUGCUGUUUCUAGGAAACAUGAAAAAACUGCUGUCCACUGGAACGUCCAGAUGGAACAACAGGCAAAUUGCACUAUGGAAUGAGGAAGACCUUUCUGUGCCUUUAAUUGAAGAGGACCUAGAUGGCUCUUCCGGUGUAUUGUUCCCCUUCUAUGAUUCAGAUACCAAUAUGCUCUAUGUGGUGGGCAAGGGUGAUGGGAACAUUCGGUACUAUGAAAUUAGUGCAGACAAACCACACUUGAACUAUCUUACAGAGUAUCGUUCGUAUCUCCCUCAAAAGGGAAUCGGAAUCAUGCCAAAGAGAGGUCUGGAUGUAUCUUCCUGUGAGAUAUUCAGAUUCUACAAACUGAUAACAACCAAAGGUCUCAUCGAGCCUAUAUCAAUGAUUGUCCCUCGACGGUCGGAAUCCUACCAAGAAGACAUCUACCCCUUGACAGCUGGAGUCCAGCCAGCUCUGACAGCACAGGAGUGGCUGAAUGGAAUGAAUAAAGGGCCAUUGCUGGUAUCUCUGAGACCAGGGUCUGAACUUGCAAACUCUCAACGACAGUUUCCUGAAAGGACACUAUCCAAUUCUAUACCUCUGGAAUCAAAUAGACAUCAAGACAGGAUAGAAAAGAAAACAGCGUUUGAAGAUGCCAAGAAGCCAUACAGGUUCCAGGAUGAGAGAGGAUCAAGAAAAGGAAUGGAUCAAGACAGGAAAUCUUGGCUUUCAAAUGGCUUUGAUCCAUUUGAAUGUCCUCCACCAAAAACAGAAAACGAGCUGCUGCACAUGUUUUAUCGACAACAAGAAGAAAUUCGGAGACUCCGAGAGUUGGUAAACCAGAGAGAAGUCCAAGUCAAACAGCUGGAAUUGGAGAUCAAAAAUAUACACAUGAGUUCAGGCACAUACUGAGAGGGAGAGA